GAGUAUGUGUGGCAAACCUAUGAGGAAGUGUACCAGAAGGUCAUGAGGAUUGGAUCAGCAAUCAGAAGUUUCGGCAUUAAGCCGGGGGGUCACUGUGGCAUAUAUGGAUCCAACUGUCCAGAAUGGGUUAUGGCCAUGCAGGCUUGCAACAGUCGGGGAAUAUGUUAUGUGCCACUGUAUGACACCCUUGGACCAAAUGCAGUUGAAUUCAUCUUGGACCAUGCUGAGAUAUCCAUAGCCUUUGUCCAGGAGAGCAAAAUAAAAUCAGUAAGCCAAAACAUUGACCCUCCUUUGAAUAGUCUGAAGUAAAUGCUAUACGUGUUUCAGAUCUAAA